AUGACCCGCGGUUUCCCUCCCAGCCUGCCCAGCGAGUUCCACAAGAUGGGCUCCUUCCGCAGACCCAGACCCCGCUUCAUGAGCUCUCCGGUCCUCAGCGACCUGCCCCGAUUCCAAGCAGCCCGGCAAGCUAUGCAGCUGGGCUCUAACUCGGCCUGGAACAGUGUCCAGACUGCUGUGAUCAACGUCUUCAAAGGGGGCGGCUUGCAAAGCAACGAGCUUUAUGCAUUGAAUGAAAACAUCAGGCGGCUGCUGAAGAGUGAGCUUGGGUCCUUCAUUACAGACUAUUUCCAGAACCAGCUUCUUGCAAAAGGACUGUUCUUUGUGGAGGAGAAGAUUAAGCUGUGUGAAGGUGAAAAUCGCAUUGAGGUUCUGGCUGAAGUCUGGGACCACUUCUUCACUGAGACCCUCCCCACCCUGCAGGCAAUAUUUUAUCCAGUUCAGGGCCAGGAGCUGACCAUCCGCCAGAUCUCCCUGCUGGGCUUCCGAGACCUGGUCCUGCUGAAGGUGAAGCUGGGAGACUUGCUGCUGUUGGCCCCAUCCAAGCUGCCCUCAUCCAUUGUCCAGAUGUUACUCAUUCUGCAGAGUGUUCACGAGCCCACAGGCCCAAGUGAGAGUUACUUGCAGCUGGAGGAGUUGGUGAAGCAAGUCGUCUCUCCUUUCCUCGGCCUCAGUGAGGGCCAGGGCUUCUCGGGCCUCACAUGCACUCUGGCCAGGCGACACUCCAGGGUCCGACCCAAGGUGACUCUUCUGAACUACACCACCCCAACGGCCACAGUCAGCCGGCCACUGAAUGAGAUGACACUGACCCCACUAACAGAACAAGAAGGGGAGGCCUACCUAGAGAAGUGUGGCAGCGUCCGGCGGCACACGGUGGCCAACGCCCACUCGGACAUCCAGCUGCUGGCCAUGGCCACCAUGAUGCACUCAGGCUUGGUUGAGGAGGCCAGCAGUGAGGACAAAUGCCUGCUCCUGCCGCCCAGCUUCCCCCCUGCCCCCCGGCAGUGCUCCAGUGAGCCCAACAUCACCGACAGCCCUGACGAGCUGGAGGAGGUGGCAGGGACCAGCCAGGAGGAUGAGGAGCUGAACUGUACUUCCCUCAGCUGA